AUGCUUCCACCAAAAAGCGAUCCCGACUACGAAGAGCGAUUAGAGCUUCUUUCCAAUAUCCAAGAUCAGUGGGAUCCCAGGACAGAAUGUAGCAGGCUCAUCCCUAAAUCCAUGCGGUACGAUAGCUCCAUCAGUACCUGGCCUCUACCAGUCCUACGAGGCAUAAGCGCCCUCGCUAAUGAUAUGCCGGGCGAUGACGCGUGGAAUGAAGUUUACGAUCUACUGGAAGAAGGACAGAAGAAGAGGAUGAAGGACAAGUCAAACAAUCUGCCAGCACAGAUACAGCUAAGCGAUUUAGAGUAUGUCCGACAACACUAUGGUGGGGAUGAGCCGAUUGAACGGGAAAAAGGAAAGGGAAAGUUGGUUGGUAAGGAUGAGAACGUGGAUGAUACAGGAUUGAUUGCCAGAGACAACGACAGCCUCGUCAGCCAAUCUGGCAACUUCACCAGCAGCGUCGGCAUCACAACAGCAAAUAAAGAAAAUCCACAGUAUAAGCAAGGUGGCAUCACCGCGUCAGAGCACGACAACGAAACAGAUUCUCUUCCACCAUCGAUUCUCCCCGACGACACAGAGGCCGUUAGAUUUCAGAAGUGGAAUCGCUGGAUACAACACUAUUGGAAUGUGGAUGACUGCAAGGACCUCAUUCCUGACGACAUGUUUGAAAGAGCUCCAAAUAGAAAACCAAAGCGUGGCGGGAGGUUAGAGAACUUCAGAGGCUCGUACAAAGGUGAGCUCCUAGAGCAACUUUAA